AUGACGAAGAGUCUGCUGCAGUUGCUAUUACAGCGUGCUGAAUGUGACCAAAAAACGAAUCUGUUUGUGACAGUAAAUUCUAAGGAUCAAUUUGCUGAUAAAGGUACGUAUCUAUUGAACCAAAAUGAUCCAUUUUGUGUUAUCAAGGAUUUUACUACUUAUAAUCUAUUAAAUACCAUAUUUACCGAUGAAUACACCUUGUUGAGAGCGUUACCUCACCUCACAAAUUUUAAAAAGACUCCCAUUGUUAUUAACGUGAAUUUAAUUCAUAGAGAUUACUCUGUGGUUUCUGCUUUGAAGGAUUUAAAUAUUGUUAGUUUCGUUUCUAAUACAGCCAAUGCUGCUAUUCGUAACACUAAUUUGGCUAAUACUGUUGCGUCGAAGUGUCAUACUGCUGUAUUACAUUACAUUUGCUAUGAAGUUGCUACUGAUGAUCUAUCAAAUGAAGAAAAUUUAUUUAGUCCUGUCGAAAUUGUUGCUCAAGACCAAAUAAAGACCACCGAGGAAAUACUAAACGGUUCUGAUUACUUCACUUUGUACUCUUGUAGUACCAAAUCCCCUUCUGUCCUUAUCAUUAAUUUGUCAUCUUAUGAGAAUCAAUUUAAGGAUAACUUACCAUCUUCGGCAUCGCUAGUUAAUAUUAACACCUACAGACCAUGGAAAAUUGAAAAAUUACUCAAGCUUAUUCCAUCUUCUAUUAAGAAGAUUGUUAUAGUUCAAGGUUCUUCUCAAGAAAAUAAUAAGUCUCAAACAUAUUGUAUUGAACCACUCCUUCUCGAUUUUUUUAGCGACUUUAACGAGUUAGUAGAAAGAAAGAUUGAUCAAGUAAUCCUUACAAGGGUUGGUUUAAUUUCCUCUACAUCCAUAAGAGAUUCUUUGGAUAUUAUUAUUACCAACGUUGGAAAAGAUUCACCAAAUCACAAUCUCUUUAUCGGGAAAUCUACAUCCGACAUUGAUAGUACUUAUUCUGAUUUAAUUCUUUCUUCUAUUGAACAUUCGCAAACCUUAGAAAAUGCCUACUUAAAAAUUUUACAACAGCUAUUUGCUUCUAACUUGAAAAUUGUGAAUGAAUUUAAUAACGAUUCCGUCAAUGCUAAUUCUCCGGAGUAUGGAUUUGGUUAUUUAUUAAAUUUCGAGGAGAAACGAAAUGUGCUGGUUAAUCUUAUUAAGAGAUCUCUCGAUGCAACUUUGUUUGUAGCUAUCCAAACUAGCGUUGUGACACACCUAAUUAAACUUUUAUCUGAGUGGGUUAAUUACCAAUCCAACAAUGAUGUGCCUCUUGAAGAAGCUAAUGACGUUGCCACUAAAAUUUUCAAUAUUUUCAAGAAAUAUCCAGGAAACAAGACAAUUAGAUCUUUCUUAGAUAUUGCUCCUACUUUAGAUGACUACCUGUUUAAAUCGCACUGGUUAGUCGGAUCUGAUUCUUGGUCGUAUGACUUGGGGAAUUCUGGUGUCCAUCAGGUAUUGACGUCAAAACAAAAUGUUAACAUGCUAAUUAUCGAUUCUGAACCAUUUUCCUCCAGGCAAAAUGGGAUUAACCAACACAAGAAGAACAUAGGUUUAUAUGCGAUGAACUUCCAUAAUGUGUAUGUCGCAUCGGUUGCUGUGUACUCAUCAUACACUCAACUGUUGACUUCCGUUAUUGAAGCCGCAAAAUUCAAAGGUCCAUCUAUUAUUGUUGCUUAUCUGCCCUAUUUAUCUACUACUGCAACUCCAAUUGACAUUCUCAAAGAGUCAAAAAUUGCUGUUGAAUCUGGUUACUGGCCACUGUAUAGAUAUGAUCCUUCCAUUAAAAACGAUGAGGAUGUGUUUAAACUAGAUUCUUCUAAUAUCAGAAAGGAACUUCAAGAUUUCUUAGAUCGUGAAAACAUGCUAACGCUAUUGACACAAAAAUUCCCUUCAAUUGAGCCUUUUAUCCAACAAUCUGCGUCCGAUGCUAUUACAAGAAAGAACGAACUAAGAAAUAAAGCUGCUUUAGAUAAAUUAAUGAACGGUUUAUCUGGACCUCCUUUACACAUUUACUAUGCUUCUGAUGGUGGUAAUGCAUCUACCAUUGCUAACAGAUUAGCUGUGAGGGGUACUGCUAGAGGACUAAAAAUAUCUGUGAUGUCCAUGGAUGCGAUAAUCAUCGACACAUUAUCUGGCGAAGAGAAUAUUGUUUUGAUUACAUCAACCGCUGGUCAGGGUGAAUUUCCACAAGACGGUAAAUUAUUUUGGGAAGAACUCAAAUCUGCUGGCGAUUUAGAUCUAAGCAACCUUAAAUUUUCUGUGUUCGGUUUAGGUGACUCUCAAUAUUGGCCACGUAAAGAAGACGCCCGUUACUAUAACAAACCAUCAAAAGAUUUAUUUUCUAAAUUCGAAUCAUUAGGUGGAACAAUUUUAACUUCCUUAGGCUUAGGUGAUGAUCAGGAUGAUGACGGUUAUGAAACUGGUUAUCAACCAUGGGAACUUCAAUUAUGGACAGCAUUAGGAGUUGACAACGUAGAUGUCGGUGAAGAACCAAAAGAAUUAACAGCGGAAGAUGUGAAACUCCAAUCGAAUUUCCUUCGUGGUACGCUGGCUGCUGAUUUGAUCAACAAUACUUCGGGUAAUAUUACGGGUGAAAACACACAAAUUGCGAAGUUCCACGGGUUAUACAUGCAGGACGAUCGAGAUAUAAGAGAUACACGUAAAACACAAGGUUUAGAACCAUUAUAUGCCUUUAUGGCUAGAGUGAGAACCCCUCAUGGUACUGCUACACCAGAUCAGUGGCUAUUGCUCGACAAACUAUCUAACGAGACAGGUAAUGGUACUAUUAAGUUAACUAACAGGGCGACUUUCCAGUUACAUGGUGUAUUAAAGAAGGAUAUCAAACACACUAUUAGAGCUAUGAACUCCCUAUUAAUGGACACUUUGGCGGGGUCUGGUGAUGUUAACAGAGACGUUAUGAUUUCUGCCGUUCCAGAAAAUUCUAAAAUCCACGACCAGCUUGUCUCAUUCGCUAAACAAAUUUCCGAAUAUUUCUUACCAAAAACUACAGCUUAUCACGAAAUAUGGUUAGAAGGCGUAGAUGGUCGCGAUGACUACCAAAAUUGGCCAUCCAUAUAUAAGAAUAGACCAGAUGGGCCAAGAAAACAGAAAUCAAUGGUAAGCGGUCAUGCUUUAGUUGAUAUUGAACCAAUAUACAGUCCUGUUUAUCUACCAAGAAAAUUCAAGGUUAAUAUUGCUGCUCCACCAUAUAAUGACGUGGAUGUCUGGUCAAGUGAUAUAGGCCUAAUAUCUAUUAUCAACCAAGAGACUAAAAUUAUCGAAGGUUUCAAUUUGCUAGCGGGAGGUGGUAUGGGUACAACCCACAAUAACAAAAAAACUUGGCCUGAUACUGGUAAACUCCUAGGAUUUGUUACUCCUACAGACGUGAUUAAAGCUAUCGAAAGUGUGAUUAUUUUCCAAAGAGAAAAUGGGGACCGUACAAAUCGUAAACAUGCACGUUUGAGAUAUACAAUAGAUACUGUUGGGUUUUCCAACUUUAAGGACAUUGUUGAAGAAAAAAUGGGUUUUAAAUUCCAACCUGCUAGAUCCUUUAUUAUUGAAUCCAACAUUGACAAGUUUGGUUGGGUUAAGGAUGAACUUGGUCUAAAUCAUUUUACUGCAUUUAUCGAGAAUGGUAGAGUUUUGGAUAGUGUCGGUAUGAAUCAAAAAACAGGUUUGAAAAGGAUUGCUGAAUUGAUGAAAACAAACAAAUCUGGUGGUUUUAGAUUGACUGGUAACCAACAUGUUAUCAUCAGUAACAUUGAGGAUCAACACCUACAUAGGAUUAAAUCAUUACUGAAAGAGUUUCAAUUAGAUAACAUUCAAUUUUCUGGUCUUAGAUUGUCUUCUUCUUCAUGUGUCGGUCUACCAACUUGUGGUCUAGCCAUGGCCGAAUCCGAAAGAUUUUUCCCUAUAAUUGUCACAGAAAUCGAAGCCACUUUAGAAGAAUUUGGUUUACGCCAUGAUUCAAUUGUAUUGAGGGUUACUGGUUGUCCAAAUGGUUGUUCUCGUCCAUGGUUAGCUGAAGUAGCUUUAAUAGGUAAGGCGCCAAAUACAUAUAACAUAAUGAUUGGUGGUGGCUACUCUGGAAAUAGGCUAAACAAGCUAUACAGAUCUAAUGUCAAGGACACCGAUAUCUGCGAAACUUUAAAACCUUUGUUUAAAAGAUGGGCCCUUGAAAGAGAAGAGGAAGAACAUUUUGGUGACUUCUUAGUUAGAAAGGAUAUCAUAAAGAAGACUAUCGAAGGAAAAUUUAUUCAUGAUAAUGUAGCUCAAGAAGCUUAUUGA